ACAAGAGGAGCGGAUAUGCCAACAUACAACGACGCUGUUGGCCCUGGCUUUAUUCACUGAAAUAUACAGUGCCACACAACAAAAUUUUUAGUGAUAAUAUUUUAUUUAAAGAAUUAAAAUAGUUUAUCGGCAAAAAAAAUGAGUAUUUUACUCAAUUCCUCACCUGGUGUUUGUAGUGCAGCAUUAAAGCGAAGAGCCGCCUCGUCCGAUGAUGACGAUGAAAUCUCACCUAAAAAACAGAGAAAUUCUUAUUUUUUUACUUUGGAGUCAGAAUCACCUUUACCAACUAGUGAAGAUGACGAAUCUAUAUAUACAAUUCAAGGAGAUGAAACUGAAUUCGUUCAGGAUACAUCGGAUACUUCAACACAAUCGUACGAUAGCGAUGACGAUAUUUCCGUUCAAUUGGAAUUUGAAGUUGCUUCUCAAUCCGAAGAAGAAAAUCCAAUGCUUAAUCCAACCUCUUCGUCUGAUCCAGAGGAUUAUGUAACAAUGGGAGUUUUAGCUGCGAUAUAUAAUGAAACUGAUAUUGGUUUCGCUGAUGAUAGCGACAAUUCAAGAAGUACAGUUGACAGUGAAAUUGGAAGAGCCGAUUAUUGGACGUGCGUUCAAUGUACAAGUAAAAAUAACAAUCCUUUAUUUCGCUACUGCGAAAAAUGUUACCAGAUUCGAAAAAAUUUCUUUCCACCGCGACCAAAACGCAAAAAACGUCGCCAACAAAAAGAAAAGGAAAUAGUGACAUUUGAUUUAAUGAAAAAAAAAUCGGAUGAAAUUUUAAGUCAUGACUCAGGUAUUAGUAGUCAGGACACAAAAUCAAGUCAAGAAUGGGAUGAUGGUAAAACUGUUGAGUGUAUGAAAAAAAAGGACGUUGAUGUCGACAAUAAUGGUGAUAUUUCAAUCAAAAGUGAAAUUAAAAAAGAGGAAAUUAAUAUUGAAUGCAGUGAUAAUAAAAAUCAAAUUUCUAUCAAUAAUACGGAUACAGAGAAUAAAAAAAUUGAUAACAAUUCAGAUGAUAAAAUGUGCGUCAUGUGCACGUUAAAUCCAAAAAAUGGAGCAUUUUCACAUGGAAGUACACUUCACGUUUGUUGCUGUUAUAAAUGUGCUAUUCGAAUUUGGAGGACCAAUAAACACUGUCCAAUUUGUAAUCGGAAAAUUACAAACGUUCAAAAAAUUUUCUACAAUUAAUGCGUAAUAGUUGUUAGAAAAAUCUACUCUCAGGUAUUUUAUCUUGUUUAACAAAAAAAAAACAAAAACAAAAAAAAAAAGAUAGCGAGAUUUUAUUUUAUGAAAAUUUUUCAGAAAAAACUCGUUUUAUAUAAUAUGAAAAAAAAAGAAA